UGUGCUGUGUGAGACUGUUGGCCCAGGCUGUCGCAUCUGGGCUCUCAUUUCCUUCUUGGUCUCGCCAAAGCUGGGGAAACCCAGAGGGUGUUUUUAGGGGUUGGGGUUUAGAGCCACCUUUCUCCAUCUUUGGAUUGCAGAAGGGCAAAGAAAGUCCACGGCUGGCUGGCUUGUAUUUGCCGAAAGAACAAAGUUCUUUCCUUUAUCGCUCCUCAGAGUUAAGGGUACACCUGACUGUACACCGAGAUUUACCAGCCUGAACUUUGUUGUUUGUUCCGAACUUCACAGGGCUAGCUCCUGCCAGCCCUCCUGUUAAUUUCAGUGCUGUUUGACAACCCCUCGUUAGAACACCUUGCAUAUUCACCUUGGCUAUGGUGUCUCUCACUUGAUGACGUUUAAAAACUGAGUAGACUUUAGCGAAUGCUUUUAUCUCCACGCGUCGCAAUUUGCAAAUCGUCACAACCACAUGUAAUAGGGAUGUCUUGCUAACCGAGGUUUCUUCAUAGUGCUGAAUUUAUGUGCGGCUUUUAGAAAAUGAGCAUGGCAAGAUGGCAAGUGUCCAGAGGAUGGUUGGGAUGAAAGUACACUUGAACUCUUUUUACAUGAACUUGCAGUCAUGGAUAGCAACAAUUUCUUGGGCAAUUGUGGUGUGGGAGAAAGGGAAGGGAGAGUGGCAUCUGCGCUAGUUGCUCGUCGUCAUUACAGGCUCAUUCAUGGAAUUGGACGAUCUGGUGAUAUUUCUGCUGUGCAACCAAAAGCUGCAGGCUCUAGCCUUUUGAACAAAAUUACCAAUUCUUUGGUUCUGGACAUCUUAAAGUUGGCUGGUGUUCCUACAGUGGCCAAUUGCUUUGUGGUUCCUAUGGCAACUGGUAUGAGUCUAACCCUGUGUUUUUUAACGUUACGACACAAAAGACCAAAAGCAAAGUAUAUCAUAUGGCCACGAAUAGACCAGAAGUCCUGCUUUAAAUCCAUGAUCACUGCAGGUUUCGAGCCUGUGGUGAUAGAAAAUGUUUUAGAAGGGGACGAGCUGCGCACCGACCUGCAGGCUGUGGAGGCCAGGAUCCGGGAGCUGGGGCCUGACUCGGUUCUGUGUGUUCAUUCUACUACCUCCUGUUUCGCUCCGCGAGUGCCUGAUAAACUAGAAGAACUGGCUGUGAUUUGUGCUAAUUAUGGCAUUCCACAUGUAGUCAACAAUGCUUACGGAGUACAGUCUUCAAAGUGCAUGCACCUCAUUCAGCAGGGGGCUCGAGUUGGUAGAAUAGAUGCUUUUGUUCAGAGUUUGGACAAAAAUUUUAUGGUUCCAGUAGGUGGCGCUAUAAUCGCUGGCUUUAAUGAUGCUUUCAUUCAGGAAAUCAGCAAAAUGUAUCCAGGAAGAGCAUCAGCCUCCCCUUCCUUAGAUGUCCUUAUUACCUUGUUAACACUUGGAUCAAAUGGCUAUAAGAAACUGUUAAAAGAAAGGAAGGAAAUGUUUUUGUAUCUGUCCAGCCAACUAAAGAAAUUGGCAGAAGCCUGCUCUGAAAGACUGUUGCACACGCCUCACAACCCCAUCUCAUUAGCUAUGACACUAAAGAUGCUAGAUGCACGUCAUGACAAAGCUGUCACUCAGCUCGGCUCAAUGCUUUUUACCAGACAGGUUUCUGGUGCCAGGGUUGUGUCUCUUGGGUUUGUGCAAACUGUGAGUGGCCACAUUUUCAGAGGCUUUAUGUCCCAUUCCAACGACUACCCUUGUGCUUACCUCAACGCUGCCGCCGCCAUUGGAAUGAAGACACAGGAUGUGGACUUGUUCAUCAAGAGACUUGACAAGUGUUUAAAGACAGUGAGAAAAGAACAAAGCAAAGAGAGCGAUGUCCCUGCAGUUGACAAUGAUGGCAAAACGGGAAAUGUGGAUAUUGAAGAAACCACUUUAAAACUAGAUAAUGUACUUCUGGAUACUUCUUCAUGACAUGGGAGGACUUCUUUUCGGUAAUUUAAGGAGAAUGAUGCAGCUGCAGAACAGACAAGCAGUUUUAAGAUAGGACUUGAGAUUGUUGAUUGGGAAUUUUAUAGAGGAUAUUUAAUCAGGGAGUAGGCUGUGGUCUGAGCCGUUGAUGAUUGUUAUGUUUUUUAGUGUUGGACUGCCUCAAUCCUUAUGACCCUUAUCUUUUUUCUAAUUGUGAGAAUAGUUAUCUAUUAAGCAUCAUCAGUCAGAUAAUUCAUACUAAUAUAAUGACUGUAAAAUUAUGUCUAAUUCUCUUUGUGUAGUGCUUUUUCCUAACCAUUCUCUAGCAUUCACAAUUACUCAUGUUUCUUAUCACGCAGAAUUUGGAGAUAUCUUUGAUGCUGCUAAUUAUUGGAUAUUUCCAUGUCACCUUAUGCCUGUAAAAGGCACAUUCCCAGGAAAUCAGUCACAGUAUAAACUUUAAUUUAGACUAAGGAGCAAUAGUUCCCAGCUGGAAAUAAUUUGCUUGUGUCUGAGCAACACCUGGGAAAGUUUUUGGUUGUCACAGCUGGAGGGGAUUAUUGAUAUUUGCUGGGCAGAGUGAUACUUAACAUCCUACAGUGCUCAAGACAGGCUUCCGUAAUACAAAACUGUCCAUCCCCAAACGUCAGUAUGCUGAGAUGGUGAACACUGCUUAGAAGUAAAUGAACUGCUCAAGUAAAGUUUUCUUUAGCUGUCGGUAGCACAGUCACAAUCAGCGAUGGCCCUGUAAAAUGGUGGCCUCAUAAGGUUCUGUCAUCUGAUGACAUCAUAGCUGUCUUGUUUGUGUAAGCACAUGCCGUGAUGUUCACAGGUCUGAAAUCGGCUGCUCACACUGCGUUUCUCAGGCAGUGUGCCUGUCAUUAAGUGACAAGUGCUGUACUUCAAAGAAGAUAGCUCUGUAAAUGUUACCAAACCAUACUGCAUAGAGAAUCUUUAGUGAUAACUGGGAUCACUAGUUCUCCACAUAUAAAUUGUUUCAUGUGGCACUUGUGCACUUUUCCACUCAAAUUAAAACUGCUCUAUUUACUGCAUUUGCCAUAAGCAGCCUUUUGCACGGUGCUUAGUCUGCUCAGGUGUUAUGCACAGCCACUGUCAAGAUUGGCAGGUAUGGGUGUUUUUUUUAAACGUUUUCUGCUGGGGAGAUGAAAAUGUGCCACAUGGUAAAGAGGUGCAUUCCUGUUUCUCUGCCCAUAGGCUCAUUUGUUUGAGUGAAACUCCAGACUUUGGGAUGGGUCUAAAAAUGAGUUUUGUUAAUUUAAAGAGAAGGACUGGCCCAGAGCCCACAUCAGUGUCUCACGCAAGUCUGUAUCAAGGACCUGCACUGGGAAGGCCCAAAGGUCAGUGGUAGAAGCGAGGAAGUCUGUGCCAGUGGGGUGAAGGAUCUCUGCCAGCAGGCUGAGGGUUCUGUACUGGAGCCAAGAAGUGACACUCAAAGGACCAGAGCUCCCCCACAGAGAACUGCAGCCAUCUUCAAUGACGGCGAGCUCCUCUGCCCGGAGCACAGCCGAGCUCAUAUCAGGAAAGCCAGCAUGACAAGCCUCUCCAGGAGAAUCAACAGCAGCCCAUCUGCCCCUCCAGUUCUUUUAUGCUGUUGGCAGCAAUCCUCAGGGGGACCUUCCAUAGCCAGCACCACUGGGUGUUGCCAGUUGACUGUUAGUAGAUCUACCACAAAUCCCAUUUUUGAAAAAUGAAAUACUAAUUCACCUUCAGUAUAUUUUGAGAAACACUACAAUAACAGAGGCUGUGUUUGACUCCUGGAUUUCCUUACUGAUUUAGGAGUGUUAACUGUACACAGGAAAGCUAUUUUCUAGGGUGUUGGUGACAUUGUACAUUGUUUUAGACUGUAAACAGAGCUCAGGCAGAUACAUUUCCUCCUGGGGAGGCAGUUGGUGAGUGAGUUAGACUACUUUAAACAUUGCCUUGGUAACCUCAGAAAUCAAGAAUGAGUUGAACUAAAGUACUUAAUAAAUGUGUUACAGGUUAUUUUUAAACCUACUAUCUCUGCAGUCCAAACAUUUAAACAUUAAAAAUAGCCACAAUAACUUGGUUUGAAUGAGUUAAUCCUGGAUUAAAAAGUUGUAUAAUGUUUUCUAUGUGAAUUUGGGGCCAACUUGUAGAACCAGGACAGCCUAAGAGGUGUAACUAAACCCUGAGAGUCUAAGAAGGAAUGGGAGCAAAUGGAAAUGCUGGCAGUGCAGCUUCUUCUACACGUGAGCCAACAUUGUGUCACCGUCACUUAGCUUGACAAAGGCCAGAACCUCCUUGUCUGAAGUGUGUCAGCAGUCCUCGGGCUUUUGCUGCUGCAUAGAUAAUGAUUCUGACUGAAGGUAAAUGACAUAAACCCACAUGUGAAUGAUAGAUGUGUUGUAACUGGUCCUGAUGCAGAAAACCAGCUGCAGUUUUCGAGAUUAACCCUUUUCGUGUCCUGCGGUUUUGAAAUUCUAGCUCUGAUUUGCCUGGCUUCAGGUUUGAUCCUGAGGUCAUAGAAUUUGCAGUUUUUGUUACAGCUGUGUACAUUCAGGCUCUCCUUGCCCACACCUGAGAGUCACUUUCCCUCACCCUCUACCGUUUCCACAUACGGUACAAGUUUUACAAACUUAAACUCACCAUAAAUUGCCAGUACUGCUUGGUAAGCUUCCUAAUUGGUCUCGUACUCUGAAACUGUGGCAGGGGACAGUGGGGGAUACAUUGCAAUCUUAAGAUGUUCUCUUUCCAUGGUUUAACUGAGUUUAUUAUUAAGAUCAUCUGGCAAAAUUUUCUAAUUUGAUUUUCAAAGUCGUCUGCCAAGAAAAUAAAGUUUAAAUAACAUAAAACACGCUUUUGGUCACCACACAGCGUGCUUCUUAGUCACAUAGUGUGGAGAGAUGCUUUAAAUCAGCCUCACAGUUUGGCUUGCAGGUCCUUUGCUGACAAGAUCUCACUCGGUCAGGGGAUGACAGGCAAUCCCAGGCUGCAGGACUCCGUGUCCAGCUGUGAAUGUUUCUGGUUAGCUUCUGUAUGAGUUGGAUAAGUUCUAGAAUGUGAAUUCCUUGAUACAAUUCUGUUUAGCCAAUAGCACUUGGUACAGAAUAAUGAAUUUGAAUAUAAAUCAAAUUUUCUCUACUAGUUUUACCCAGCGUUUAAUUUUGCUGUUUAUGUUCUUUAACUACUACCCAGCAUAAUAAGAGCUGAAAUUGAGGCCUGAGCUACAGAAUAUGUUUUUAGCUUUAGACUAUGCUUCUGAAUUUACUAGAGUUCAGUAAAGUUUAAAAAGUGAGUUUUAAAAAACUGGUGAUAUUAUUUUGAUACUGUUAGUGAUGUGAGAGUUAAUUUCUUGUGUCCUUUCGUGGAGGAAAAUUGAAAACAGCAAGGAAAAAAAAACUGAUGAAAAUUUUUGGAAUAUGAACAUUCACGGUGCAUACCAAAGUUGGGUUUAUUUUCUCACAAUGUGAGAUGUGCUAAUUUCUGCUAUGCAUUCAAGUGUUUUUUUAUGUUUUCCAUUCAUGAGGCUUAUUUUAUUAAUUUUUUAAAUCCAGUUUUUUAUACCUAACAGUUUUGUCAUUUCAAAAGUUAGAUAACCUCUGAACAAUUUGAUAAGAAUCAAUUCAAUAUGCUCUUAACAGUGAAAAAAAUGUUGCAUAAGCAGUUUUCUCCUUGUCUGUCACAUGGUGUUGGUUCUGCAUCUCUUCUGGCCAAUCUCAGGACACAACCACUGACUUAACCACCGUGUCCUUUUGUGCCUUAUUUUUAACUUUGAUUUUGACCCCGGUGGUACAUGAUGUGAGGUAAUGAGCUUAAGACUCACGAAGGUGUCUUUGUUAUUUCCCACCUAGUAUUCUGCAGAUCAAGCUAAGGCCUUGUGGAAACAUUUGUACUAUUUUAUUAAGUGAUGUCUCCAUGGACUUAGGAAAAUGUGAAGAAACUGCUUAUCUGGGAGGGGGCGAUUUUAGCUUAGGGGAACCUGAAGCUGAUGUCAGCCUGCUAAACCUGUAUGUCUUACCAAAAGGAAAAAAUAUUUCCGGCAGUAUUCCUGGUAUAUACUAUUUGAAAAAGAGUUAUACAAUUUAUUAUGUGAAAUAAAUUUUUAAUAAACCAUUGAUAGUACAAUAUAUUAUUCUACUUAUCACUACAGAUAAAAUCUGAAAGUACAAAUCACUAA